AUGACUACCCUCCUCAUGUGUAUCACGGCCACAAGGAGCGGGAGGAGACUGGUGGUUUCACAGAUGAUGUGCAUCUUCCUUGCAGAAACUUCUGUCUGGCCAGAGAAGGAUUUAAGAAUUACCCACCAGGAAAUAGCCAUGGAGCUGAACUCAAAGGUACUGCAUGGAAAUACUUUACACUAAGGAGGCCGAAAGAGGGGAACCUUCCCACAACUGUCGCUUUCUUAUUCCUGAAGACACUAUAAAUAAGCACCAGGGAUCCUGUAACUCUCCAGAUGUUGUUGACUAUAAUUCCCAUUCUCCUCGGCUAGGGCUGGUGGAUGUCAAUGGCCCCUGAAGAGCCACAGUUUCCCCAUCCCUGCUGCCGAUGCUCGUCACCUCUGAGGAAGUGUCACAGGGUGUCACUCAGUGAUGGCAACGGGGCACAGAGUCCUUCCAAGCACGAAGGAGGUUGAGUGCUGCCAAGUGUGUCGCACGUCUCUCUAAUCCAGCAGAGACUCACAAUGCUGCACAGAAUGGCAUAGUUGCAUUAAUGCAGUUUUGGAUGAGGCUACAGCUCAUGGGAAGAGCCUCUUCUUCACAGAUCCCAGGUUUUAGUCUCAAGAGUCUGCAAUAUCUCAGGAUGUGGGGGCUGGGAAGGACCACUGCCUGGGACUUUUGUGAACCACUCUAUAGUCAGUUUAUAAACAAUAUGGGUUGCACCAGGAAUAGCCAACAUGGUGCCUUCAAGAUGCUUUUGGACUACAGUGCCCAUCAUCCCUGACCAUUGGUUAUGCUUCUUGGGGCAGAUAGGAAUUGUAGUUCAACCACCCCUGGAGGGCACCACUAAGACAGACCAAGGAGGCAAAUGUGUGCAUUCUCUCCAUAUACAGCCAGCCUCAAACAGCUGCAGAGUUGAUCAGUGGAGAUCCUAGACCGUUUUUCUCAGCUUGCACUUAGCACCCAUCAGUGAAAACAUCAUGCACGCUGAGAGCUGAGGAUGUUCUGUGAUGUCAGGUGCGAUCAUGCCACUUACCUUGCAGGUCGUAUCUUCUUCCUGCAUCCACAUUAUACUGAAAGGCCAGUGCCAGGAGUCACCUUGCAGUAGGUGGGCUGUAUACAGUGGUGUGACAGCUAUGCAGCUUCCACUUGGAAUGGGACAGCCCUGCUAGCCCCAUUCACACUCAGGGGUGUCUUGCCCAUAGAGGCAAGUAGCAUGGGGCACCAGGGUGCCAAGUUCUGGAGGGCGCCAGGGAAGAGGCGGAGGCUGGAUGCGGCGCCUCCCGGCAUCAGCUCGCUGCCCUUGUCCGCCUUGCUGAAGCAGCGCCGCGUCCGGAGCCUCCACCUCUUCCCCACCAGAGGAGCCGCCCUCCAGCCCUGCAAAGCUGCCAGCAGCGCCCUAAAAAGGUCCGUAACUCUGGGAAAUGGGGGGGCACCGGAGGGAUCUUUGCACCAUGGUGCCGGAUAUACUUAAGACAGCCCUGUUCACACCUGCUGGUGGUGGCAUGGGAGAUGCUUCUCUGUGCCUAGACCUUGUGCCACUGUGGUUAUGCAUCUGCAUGCAGCCAGUUGCAUGGAUCCAUCCCAGCUCCCAGCCCAGUGAUGAAGAGAGCUGAUACCGCUGUAGACUGCAGUGCCCUGGGGUUGCAUCUUGCAACCCAGAAGUGGUUCCUACACCACUUGCAGUGUAUAUGAAUGGGGUAUCUAUCAUGAGCUUCCCUUCCUGAAGUGUCUGCAGGAAAACAUAGGUUAUGAAAGAUUCCAAGGGAGAGAAAUGGCUUAACGAAGGGCACAUUCCCCCAACUGAUGUGUACUUCCUGUGCUGCAGGAGCAAUCCAGCUCCCCUCAGAAGCAGGGAGUGAAAGCUCGGUCCAAAUCCACAGAGGAGAUCCAGCCUGCCAAGAAGGUAACUGCUCCACCCCAGCUCCACUUGGACGAAGAGUCCCCAAUGUGUGGUCGCAUUCACAGAUGGUCUGUUGGAUGGCUUUGCUCUCCUACGUAUUUGGUGGGAAGGGGUUCCCAGUGUUCUGUGUAAUGUCAAUAGAUUGCAAACUACACUCUGGGCUUUGGAGCAACCCAGGCCACUUGAUUAAACUCCGUCCUGGCUCUCAUUGCAGGCUUUCCACACUCCCCAGAAGUCCUUGCCCAACCAGAUGGAUGGAGAUGACUCCAAGGUAUGUUCACUGACAUGUCAGGAUCAGCUUGUCUCAACCAGACCAGAAGUCCAUCGACAAAGAACAACUUAUUUGCCUCUUCCAGAGGUCCCAAGCCAUGAUAUCCUCCUGCUGCAUUUUGGAAUAUGACCCUGAUGCAGAUGAGGACACGUGUUUUAGCUUAGCUCCCAUGAGACAUUCCCCUUCCCCUCAAGAUGAGGAUCUUUUGAGCACUCAGUGUGUUUCUUAAGAGGAUAGGGACCCCAGGAGGGUAACUGGGAGAGGAUGGGAGGAAGAAGUCUAGGCAGUUGUGGGGGAAAUUGUGUUGCAGGUUCCCAUGUUAGCAGAGGUUCCAUAGAACCAAGGUGCCAUACACAGGAAGAAACAGCCCCUUUGCCUGGAUGAACUUCACUGAAGGUGUGAUCAUAGAGAUUCCUGGGUUUCUCUCCCUGCCUCUGAAUGUGUUCCAUUCUGCUGCGCUCCUCAGGGUUCCUGUCCUGUCCCGGCACCCAAUACUAUUCAGCAGCAGCAGCAGACCUGA